UCAUUGCGACUGAUAAAUUGAUAUUUUAUUUGUUUUUUUCUUUAAUUUAUCAAAUAUAAUGCAAUGCGUGAUAUAACUUACGAGCAACUUCACGUUGAAGCAGUCAGUAAAAAUUCCCAGCACAUUUCUCACUAGCGCUACUAACGAAAGAUGUUUUCAUCCGGUCAGUGACUUGACAUGUUACGUUUUAUUGGAUUAUUGACACGAGGAAAACGUUCAAAUUACAUAUGCUACGAUCUGUAUCGAGCAUUUUGAGAUCGCAAAGUGAACGAAGAGUUUUUCCGAACAACAAAUCAUACAUUCUGCUUGCGAGAAGAAAGUUCAGUAAGAUGGUGAAAUACUUAAAUCAGUCGGAGGCUAUCAACGUCGAUAAAGAUCUAUUUGAAAAAUAUCGAUUCAGCGUUGACCAAUUGAUGGAAUUGGCUGGGCAAAGUUGUGCCGUCGCGAUUGCGAAGGCUUACCCGUUGUUGGAGGACUCGAGCAAGAUAUUGGUAUGCUGCGGACCAGGUAACAACGGCGGUGACGGUCUGGUUUGUGCAAGGCAUUUGAAACACUUUGGCUAUUCGCCAGAGAUUUAUUAUCCGAGAAGGCCAAAUAACGUGCUGUACGAAAGACUGCUGCAUCAGUGCAUCGAAAAUAAGAUCCCUGUAUUGGAGAACAAAUGUAUAGAGCAAGCAACAGAUGACACAGUUUUGCGCAGUUAUACAAUCGUGAUAGACGCACUCUUUGGAUUCAGUUUCAAGCCACCAGUGAGAGAAUCAUUCACCCGCAUCGUCGACAUGUUAAAAACUACAACUGUUCCCAUCUGCAGCAUCGACAUACCUUCAGGCUGGGAUGUCGAAAAUGGUCCACCAGAAGAAGGUGGAAUAAAGCCACAAAUGUUAAUAUCCUUAACAGCGCCGAAGAUGUGUGCAUCCAAAUUUGAGGGAAGGUUUCAUUAUCUGGGUGGACGCUUUGUGCCCAAGAAGCUAGAAUUGCAGUAUCAUCUAAAUUUGCCAAAAUAUGCCGAUACGGAUCUUAUUAUCCAAUUGAAGUGAUAAAUGUGAAAUGUAAUACAAUAAUUGUAAAAUGCAAUUAAGAAUUGUGUCUAAAUAAGUGUAUACUUAUUUUGUAAUUUAAAAAAAACAUUUUAAAAUAAUAUAUUUUUUGUAUCUUUGACUUUGCGUACUAAGACUGUACUAUAUUGAUGCGUUACAAUGUAUUUCUUAAGCAAUACAAUCUUAUAGGAAUUAUA